AUGUCGAUGUUUAUUUUAAGAAUAUCCACACUGUUGGUUCUCUUUGAGAUCUAUGCUGCAGAAGCGUCCAAAGUUAACCUCACGAUAGGGGCUCUAUUUCCCAUGGGAGGCGGCGUCUGGGACGGUUCCGGUAUUUUACCCGGCGUGGAGUUGGCCCUACAACAUAUAAACGACAAUCCCAGUAUCCUGCCGAACUACACUCUACGGAUGGAAUGGAAAGACACCCAGUGCGACGCCGGCGUUGGGAUGAAAAGCUUCUUCGAACUACUUUACGAGAAACCGACAAAGAUCGUGUUACUUGGCGCUGCAUGUUCGAUUGUGAGUCAGCCAGUGGCCGCUACCGCCCAGCAUUGGAAUCUAGUACAGUUAUCCUAUGCAUCUGCCUCUGAUACUCUGUCUAACACAGACAGAUUUAAAUACUUUUUCCGAAUAUUUCCGACCGACUCUGGUCUCAACGCUCCCAGAAUUGAGCUGUUAUUACAGUAUGGAUGGAGAAGAGUAGCAACCAUACACCAGACAGAAGAUUUGUUUGCAAGGGGAACUGACUUACUGAUAAGUGGUCUUGAAGACAAGGGAAUAAAACUGCUCACAUCAGAAAGCGUGGAACCUGGCAGUGUGCCAACAAAUCAACUUUCAAACAUCAAAAAGAAAGAUGGGCGGAUAAUUUUAGUCAGUAUGUACGAAGACCAAGCUAGAUUAUUGUUUUGCGAGGCUUACAAACAAGGCUUAUACGGCCAAAAGUACGUUUAUUUACUUCCUGGUUGGUAUACUGACGGUUGGUGGAUAGUAUCCGAUCAUAAUAUUGACUGUACGGUUGAUCAGAUGAAGGAGGCUAUUGAGGGUUACAUAAGCGUUGAAUCUUUGCUGUUGAGUCGAGACGAUGACGUCACAGUGUCAGGUUUGACACCGCUUGAAUAUCUAGACGCAUAUAACACGCUGACAAAUGGUUCCGACCUUUCGGCAGAAGCGUUUGCAUCGUAUGGGUAUGACGCAACUUGGGUAUUAGCACUGAUGUUCCACAAAGUCGCUAUACAACUUGAGAGGAGCGGGUCGAGCGUGCGAAUUGAAGACUUCGAUUACGACAACACGAAUGGCUUAAGAGAACUAUUCAUAGACGCUCUGAAUUCAACAAAUUUUCUCGGCGUUACUGGGCCGAUAUCAUUCAAUGAAAACGGUGACAGAUUUGGAAUUACUAAAAUUGAGCAACUUAGAGAGAUCGGUAAUGAACUUGUAGAGACCACUCUUGGUUUGUAUUAUCCCACUGAUGAAUUGGGGUGGCUAAACGAAAGCAAUAAAUUCGAAUUCAAAGGUGGUGUAAUACCUCUUGAUGCGGCCCGUGUAAUGUUUGAACAGCAAAGGAUAUCAACAUCUGUGUAUAUAAUAUUUUCUUCAAUGUCCUCACUGGGCGUUGUGUUGGUGUGCUUAUUUCUGGCGUUUAAUAUAAAGAACAGAAAACGGAAGUUAAUCAAGCUAUCAAGUCCAUCAAUCAACAACAUAAUCGCCGUAGGCUGCGCACUCAGUUAUUUGUCGGCAUUACUGCUCGGGCUGGAUCGCAUACUUGAAAGUCCAGAUGCCUUCGUUAAUAUAUGUAGGGCACGUAUGUGGACACUUUGCAUAGGUUUCACUCUAGCAUUUGGCGGACUAUUCACUAAGACAUGGAGAGUGUAUUUUGUGUUUACAAAUGCCACCAAGAGACGAAGAGUUAUCAAAGACAGUCAUCUCUUCCUCUGUUUAUUUGUUUUACUGGUCAUCGAUAUAGUGAUCCUGGCAUCAUGGAUGGUGCUAGAUCCUCCUCAGAGAACAACCAGAAACUUCACUGCCACUGUGAUUGCGCUAAGGAUUAACCCAAUAGACAGCAGGGUUGUAAUCACAACAAUGAUAGGAGGAAAUAAUGGUGUCAAGAAAGUAUCACCGGAAGGUUCUGAUUUGAAUAAUAAAUUGAAAGAAAAGGAAGCCCUGAUUGAAACUCUCAAAAGCACAUUAGAAGACAAAGACGAGGAGAUCGCCGAUUUACAGGCACAGCUUCAAAAAGCUAAAUCAAUGUGGCAAGAACAAUCAAUGAGUUCAUCUAUUGUGACAGUAGGAAAGUCGUCACCUGAGCCACGGGAAAAUGGUGAAUGCGAACAACAGCUAUGA